AUGGUGUGUGGGGGUGGGGGGUGGUGGUUGGGGGUGGGUGGUUUGGGGUGUUGUUGGUUGUGGGUGGGGUGUGGGGGGUGGGGGUAUGGGGUGGGGGGGGGUUUGGUUUGGUUGUGUGGGGUGGGGGGGGGGGGUUGGGGGGUGUUUGUUGGGGUUUGGGGUGUGUGGUGUUGUUGGGGGGGAGUUGUUGGGGGGGGUGUUUGUUGUUGGGGGUUUUUGUUGGGUUUUGGGUGGGGGGGGUGGUGUGGUUUGGGUGGGGUUGGGGGGUUGUUGGUGGGUGGGGGUGGUUUGGGGGGGGGGGGGGGAUUGUGUGGGGGGGUUGGGGGGUGGGGGGGGGUGGGGGGGUUGUUUGUGGUUGUUGUUGUGGGGUUGGGGUGGGGUGUGUGGGGGGUGGGGGGGGUGUGGUGUGGGGGGGGGGGGUGUGUUUUGGGGGUUUGGGGGGGGGGGGGGGUUGGUGGUGGGUGUGGGUUGGGGGGGGUGUUGUGGGGGGGUUUGUGGGGUGGGGGUUGUGGGGGGGGGGGUGUUGUGGGGGGGGGGGGGGGGGGGGGUUGGGGGGGUGGGGGGGUGUGUGUGUGGGGGGGUGUGGGGGGGUGGGGGGGUGGGUUGGGUUGGGGGGGGUGGGGGGGGGUGGGGGGGGGGGGUGGGGGGGUGGUUGGUGGGGGUGGUGGGGGUUGUGGGUGUGGGGGUGGGGGGGGGGGGGGGGGUGGGGGGGGUGGGGGGUGUGGGGGGGGGGGGGUGGUGGGGGGUGGGGUGGGGGGUGGGGGGGUGGGGGGGGGUGGGGGGGUGUGUGGGGGGGGGGUGGGGGGGGUUGUUGGGGGUUUGGUUUGGGUUGGGGGGGGGUUUUUUGUUGGGGGGGGUGGGGUUGGUUUGGUUGUGGUUGGUUGGGGUGGUGUGGGGUGUGUUGGGUGGUUGGGGGGUUGUGGGGGGUGGGGGGGGUGGGGGGGGGGGGGGGGGGGGGUGUGGUGGGGUGUGGGUGUGUUGUGGGUUGGUGGUGGGGGGUGGGGGGUGUGGGGUUUGUGUUUGUUUGUGGUGUGUGUGGGUUGUGGGGGGGGGGUUGGUGGGUGGGUGGGGGUGGUGGUGGUGGUGGUUUUUGGGGGUGGUUGUUGGGGGGGUGGGUGUUUGGGUGUGGUUGUGGGGGUGGGGGGGGUGGGGUUGUUGUUGUUGGGGGGGGUGGUGGGGUGGUGGGUUGUGGUUUGGUUUGGUGGGGGGGUGGGGUGGGUUGGGGUGUUUGGUGGGGGGUGUGGGGGGGGGGGUGGGGGGUGGGUGGUUGGGUGGGGGUGGGGGGUGUGUGGGUUUGGUGAGUGUUGGGUGGUGUGGGGUUUUGGGUGGGUGGGUGGGGGGUGGUUGGGUUGGGGGGGGGGUGGGGUGUGUGGGUUGUUUGUGGGGGGGGUGUUUGGGGUGUUUGGUGGUGUGGGUGGUGGGGUGGGGGGUUGGUUGGGUUUUGGUGUUUUGGGUGGGGGGGGGUUGUUGGGGGUGUGGUGGGGUUUGGUGGGGGGGGGGGGGUUGGGGUGUGGGUUUGGGGUGUUUGUUUUGAGUUGGUGUGGGGUGGUGGGUGGGUGGGGGGUGGGUGGUUGGGUUUGUGGUGGGGGGUUGUUGGGGGGGGGGGGGGGGGUGAGGGAUGUUAUUUUGGAGGAUGGGUGGGGGGGGUUUGGUUGGGUUGGAGUGGGUGGGUGUGUUGUUGAUUUUGAUUUUUGGUUUUUGGUUGGUGUUGUGUUGGGGGGGGAUGGUUGUUGGGGUGGGUGGGGGAGUGGGGUGGGUAGGUUGUGUGGAUUGGUGGUGGUGGGGGUUUUUUUGGGGGGGUGGUUUGUUGGUUGUGUGGUGGUUUUGGGUUUGGGGGGGAGGUGGAGGUGGGGUGUGGUGGUGGUUUGGGGGGGUUAUGGUGUGGGGGGUUGGGGUUGUGGUGAUGGGUUUGGGGGGGGGGGGGGGGGGUUGGGGGGGGGGUGGAGGGGGGGGUUGGGGGUUGUGGGGUGGGGUUGUGUGGGGGUGUGGGUGGGUGGGGGUGGGGGUGGGUGGGUGGGGUGGGGGGGGGGGGGGGGGUGGGGGGGGGGGGGUGGGGGGGUGGUUGGGUUGGGUUGGGGGGGGGGGGUGGGGGUUGGGGGGGGUGGUUUUGGUGGGGGGGGUGUGGGUUGGGGGGUGUGGGGGGUGGUUUUAGGUGUGGGUUUGUGGGGGGGGGGGGUGGGGGGUGGGGGGGGGGGGGGGGGGGGGGGGGGGUUUGGUGGGGGUGGGUGGGGGGGGGUGGUGUUUGGGGGGUGGUGGUUUGGUGGGGGGUUGGUGGGGGGUGGGGGUGGGGGGGGUGGUUUUUGGUUAGUGUGGUGGAUUGGGGGGAUGUAUGGGUUGUGGUUGGGGGGGUAUGGGUGGAUUGUGGGGGGGUGUGGGUUGGUUUGGGGUGGUGGGUGUUGUGGGGGGGUGUGGGUGAUGGGGGGGGAUUGGGGUGGUUGGGUGGGGGGGGGGGGGGGUUGGGUGGGGUGGUUGUUGUGUUGUUGUGGUGUUGGGUGGGGGGGGGGGGGGUGUUUUGGUUGGGGUGUGGGGGGGGGGGGGGGGGGGGGGGUGGGUGGGGGUGGGUGGGUUGGGGGGGGGGUGGGGUGGGGUGGUUGGGGGGGGGAUGUGGGGGUGGUUAGAUGUGGUUGUGGUUGUUGUGGUGGAUUGUUAUUGGGGGAUUGGGGGGUUGUGGGGGGUGUUGUGGGUUGGGGUGGGUGUGGGGGGGGGGGGGGAGGGGGGGGUGUGGGGGGGGGGGGGGGGGUUGGUGGGGGGGGGGGGGGGGGGGAGGUUGGGGGGGUUGGGGGGGGGGGUGGGGGGGUGUGGUGGGGUGGGUGGUUGGGGUGGGUUGGGGGGUGGGUGGGGUUUUGUUGGGUGGUUGGUGUGUGGGGUGGGUUAGGUGGGGUGGGGGUGGGGGGUUGUGGUGUUGGGGGUGGGGUGGUGAUGUGGGGUGUGGUGUGUUGUGUGGGGGUGGGUGGGUUGUGGGGGGGGGGGGGGGGGGGGUGGGGGGUGGGGGUGGUGGUUGGGUGGGUGGGUUGUUGGGGUUUGGUUGAGGGUGGUGUUGGUUGGGGGGUUUGGGUUUUUUGGGGGGUGGGGGGGGGGGGGGGGGGAUGGGUGGGGGGGGGGUGGGGGUGGGGGGUGGGGGGGGUUUGGGGGGGGGGGGGGUGGGUGGGGGGGGGGGUGGGGUGUGGGGGUGGGGGGGUUGGGAGGGGGGGUGUUGUGGGGGGUUUGGGGGGGGGGGGGGGUUGGGGUGGGGGGUUGUGGGUGGGGUGGUGGGUGUUUUUGGUUUUGUGGGGGGGUGUUUUGGGGGUGGGGGGUGGUGUGGGGGGUUGGGGUGGGGGGGGGGGUGGUGUGGGGGGGGGGGGUUGGUGUUGGGGGUUGGGGUGGGGGUGGGUGGGGGGGGGGGGUGUUGGGUGUUGGUGGGGUUGUGGGGGGUGGGGUGUGUGGGUGGGGUGUUGGUGUUUGGGGGGGUGGGGGGGUUGGUGUGUGUUUGGGGGGGGGGGGUGGGGGUGUGGGUUGGGUUGGGGGUGGGGGUUGGGGGGUGGGGGUGUUGGGGGUGUGGGUUGGUGGUUUGGGGGUUGUGGGGUUGGGUGGUGGGGUGGUGGGGGGUUUGGGUUUGUGUUUUGUGGAGGAGUGUUUUGGUGUGGGGGUGGUUGGGGGGGGGUGGUGGUUUGGUGGGUGUGUGGUGGGGUUGGUUGGGUGGGGGGGUGGUAG